UCAAGACAAAAUUGUAGCUUGUGGAUAUUUACUUAUAAAAGAAAAGAAUAUCAAUGAAACUUACUAUUGGUGCUGUAAACAUAAAGUUUUACGAAAUUGCAAAGGAAGAGCAAUAACUGUUUUGGAAAGACAAGACCAUAUUUUGAAAAAGUUUAAGGAGCAUAACCAUGCACCUGAGGCCAGUCAUACAAAGAUUAUUCAAAAUAUUGUUAUUAAUAUGUUUGAAGAAUCUUUUUCAUAUAUGCCUAGUAAUAAAGCUAUAUAUAAACAAAUUUCUUAUACUAGAACUAAAAAUAUGUCUACACAACCUCAGUCAUUAGAAAAUAUUAAUGUUUUAGAACAGCUACAUAUAACUAUAAAAGGAGAGCAAUUUUUAGCAAAAGAUAUUGAAUUUAAUAAUGAAAAAAUUAUGAUAUUUUGUAUAACAAACAAUCUUCACUAUUUAGAAGAAGCUAGAUAUUGGCUUAUGAUAGUACCUUUAAGACUGUUUCAACAUUAUUUUGACAAAUGUAUACUAUCUAUACUCUUGUUAGUAGAGAAAACAGAAGAAAGUUAUACACAAUUAUUUCAAGAACUGAUUAAUUUAGGUUAUGAAGCUAGAUAUGAAUUAAGCCCACCAAUUAUUAUAACAGAUUUUGAACAAUUUGUUAUUAAUUCUAUUCAUUUAAAUUUUUCUAAUUCAACCAAUAAAUGUUGUUUUUUUUAUCUUUGUCAAAGUCUUUGA